CGAAAAGUAAAACUAUUUGUUCCUAAUCUGCAAUUUUACCAUUAAGUACAGGAACAGAAAAGAAAGAAAGAAAAAAAAAGGGGAGUGCGAUCCAUUUUGCUGUUCCAGUGUAGAGAUACAGAUCCAGGUAGAAAGAAAGAAAGAGAUGGGGAUUAGAUUCAUAUUGAUGGUGAAUAAGCAAGGGCAGACUCGUCUCGCCCAAUACUACGAAUGGCUCACCCUCGAGGAACGCCGUGCCCUCGAAGGCGAGAUCGUCCGCAAAUGCUUAGCUCGCACCGAGCAACAGUGUUCAUUUGUUGAGCAUCGAAAUUACAAAAUUGUAUAUAGGCGAUACGCUUCACUGUUUUUCUUGGUUGGAGUUGACAAUGAUGAGAAUGAGCUUGCAAUUUUGGAAUUUAUACAUCUCUUAGUUGAAACCAUGGACCGUCAUUUUGGCAAUGUGUGUGAGCUAGAUAUCAUGUUCCAUUUAGAGAAAGCGCAUUUCAUGCUGGAGGAAAUGGUUAUGAAUGGCUCCGUUGUUGAAACCAGCAAGACUAACAUUCUGACUCCAAUUCAGUUGAUGGACAAAGCAUCAUGAUGGCAAAAAAGGGGUAACUUGUUAGAUUGGGAAUGGUGAUUUUCUUUGAGAAUCCUGGCAAGUUGUUUAUUACUUUCUCCCUGUUUUUCUUCCCCUUUUCUCUUCUCUUUUCAAGCUUUUGAAGUUUUGCCUGUUGUACAAUAAGCUAAAUAGUGCACAAAGCUUCAACAGUUUCCUUCAUACUGAAUUAUAUUUAGUGGUUGCUUGUAUUAUACUAUCAACCAUCAUUCAUGAUAGAAGUGGCUUAGUGACAUUUGAUUUU